AUGGGAAACAGUUCACGGGUGACAGAAUUCAUACUCAGAGGGUUGACUGAUGAUCCACACUUGCAACUCAUCCUCUUUGUGACAUUUUUUAUCCUUUAUGCUAUCACCUUGUUGGGAAAUGCAGGCAUGAUUGCCUUAAUCUGGAUCAGUCCUCAACUCCACACACCAAUGUACUUUUUCCUCACUCACUUAUCAUUUGUGGAUAUCUGCUGUUCAUCAGCUAUCACCCCACAGUUCCUAUGCCAUCUUUUAAAAGAGAAAAAAGAUAUUUCUUUUGUAGGUUGUUUUACUCAAAUUUACUUUUAUGGUGCACUUUCCACUGCAGAGUGUUUCCUCCUCGCUAUCAUGGCCUAUGAUCGCUAUGUAGCCAUCUGUCACCCUCUUGUCUACUUGGUCAUCAUGUCCCAAUUAAAAUGUGUUCAACUAGUAGUCAUUUCCUACAUUAUUGGGCUCCUACAUUCUUUAGUGCAUAUCAUUCCUGCAUCUCGGUUGUUCUUCUGUGGAUCAAAUAUCAUUAAGAAUUUUUUCUGUGAGGGUCCUGCACUGUUACAACUUGCCUGUUCAGAUAUCAGUUUAAAUAAUUUGUUGAAAUUAGUGUUUAUUGGCUUCACUUUAAUAGCAACAAUCCUGGCUAUUCUCACAUCCUACAUUUAUGUCCUGAUUACCAUUUUAAAAAUGCACUCUGCCAAGGCUCGGAGGAAAGCCUUCUCCACAUGUACCUCUCACCUCAUGGUCAUCACUAUUUUCUAUGGAGGUCUUGCCUUUGUUUAUGCACAACCUGGCAAGUCUCAUUAUACAAAUCAAAUAGCUUCUGUGUUGUAUGUAAUAGUGACUCCAAUGUUCAAUCCCUUGAUCUAUAGCCUGAGGAACCAGGAGGUAAAAGUUGCCUUCAGAAAAAUUCUGGGGGAAAAAGUUGCAUUACUUUUUUAUACCAAACACUGA